AUGCAUCGACUGUGGGGUCGAUCGAUUGGUGCUGCUUUUCUCUUCCCAGCAACCUACUUUUUGUACAAAGGUUAUUUUUCCUCCACGAUGAAGCCUCGAAUUUUUAUUUACGGUGGCCUAAUUGGGUUUCAGGGUCUCUUGGGCUGGCUGAUGGUUCGUAGUGGACUAAAAGAACCUAGGCGACCAGCUGGUCUUUCGCCAAAUGAGGAAUAUGUUAGUGUACCACGUGUGGACCAUUACUGGCUUUGUGCCCAUUUAUGUUCAGCUGUUGUUCUGUAUUCAUUACUUCUGUGGGGUAGCUUUAACUAUCUAGUUUCUCAUCCUUCGGUUAGAGAGUUCAAGGAAGUAAAACGACUUAAAGCUCUUGGUCAUUUGGGAAAAGCAUUAACGUUCACAACAAUAAUUUACGGUGCCUUCGUGGCUGGUCUAGAUGCAGGAUUAGUAUAUAAUUCUUGGCCAAAAAUGGCCGACAAAUGGAUUCCAGAUGAUUUAAUCGUUUCACGUUAUGGUUCAGGGAUAAAAAAUUUUCUGGAUAAUCCAACUGCGGUUCAGUUUGCCCAUCGAAUGUUAGCGUAUGCAACAGUAUUAUCGACGGAGUAUUGUGGGCGAAUGUAA